AUGGCCCUCAAUCGCGUCGUGUCGCGUGGCCCCGGCCACAUCGCGCUUGACGACUCCCACAUCCAUCAUGGCCCGUCCAGCGACGUCAUUGCCGAUGGACGCGUCAAGGUGCAGUUCCACGACAACCCGGAAGCGCUGGCGAUAUGGUGCGAUCGCUUCCGAGGCUCCUUUGCUGGCGAGCUUCCGAGCCUGGAACACCUGGAACCGCCCAAGCCGAGGAGGACGAAGAGCUUCGAGGUCCUUGCAGACGUGGAGAAGCCUGCAACAGGACCGCGUCUCAAUAUCGCCAUCCACAUCGUCGGCUCACGAGGCGAUGUUCAACCAUUUAUUCCUAUCGCUCAACUGCUCAUGAAACCGCCAUACGGCCAUCGUGUGCGCAUCUGCACCCAUCCCGUCUUCAAGGACUUUGUCGAGGCUCAAGGAGUUGAGUUUUUCAGCAUCGGUGGCGACCCUGAGGCUCUCAUGGCCUACAUGGUCAAGAAUCCCGGACUCCUGCCAAGCCGAGAAAGUCUCAGAGGCGGUGAUGUGGGAAAGAGGAGGAGAGAAAUGUCGGAGAUCAUCAAUGGAGCUUGGCGAAGUUGCAUCGAGGCGGGCGAUGGAAUGGGAGAGCGGGUGACAGCUGCAGACGUGAAAAACGCCGAUGAUCUCUUCAUCGCUGAUGCUAUAAUAGCAAACCCACCGUCGAUGGCACAUAUCCAUUGUGCCGAGAAGCUGGGCAUUCCGCUACAUAUGGUCUUCACAAUGCCGUGGUCACCAACCAAGGCGUUUCCUCAUCCCUUGGCUGCUAUGAGCUAUGGCGAGGCCGAUAAGAGCACAGCGAAUUACCUCUCUUUCAUGAUGAUGGAGCUUUUGACUUGGCAAGGCUUGGGAGACUUGAUCAACAAGUUCCGCGCUCAAACAUUACAUCUUGAUCCCGUCAGUCCGAUGUGGGGAUUUCAACUUCUGCCCAGGCUCCGAGUCCCUUACAGCUAUCUUUGGUCAGAGUCUUUGAUACCGAAACCAACAGACUGGGAAUCUCACCUCAACAUCACUGGGUUUUCUUUCUUGCCUUUGGCUAAUUCAUACACGCCUCCACAGGACUUGAUCGAUUUUCUGAACGGUGGACCUGCCCCAAUCUAUAUCGGAUUUGGAUCUAUUGUCGUUGAUGAUCCGCAAGCGCUCACACGGAUGAUAUUCCAAGCCAUCAAGAUUGCUGGCGUUCGGGCCAUCGUAUCCAAGGGCUGGGGAGGUGUUGGUGCCGGGGAUGUCCCUGAAAACGUGUACCUCAUCGGGAACUGUCCUCACGAUUGGCUUUUCAAACGCGUUUCUGCUGUCGUCCAUCAUGGUGGUGCUGGUACCACAGCUGCCGGCAUCGCGGCCGGUCGACCGACUGUGAUAGUACCAUUCUUCGGCGACCAGCCGUUUUGGGGUCAGAUGAUGGCACGGGCCGGAGCCGGGCCGACGUCUGUACCCUUCAAGGACUUGACAGCUGAGAUCCUGGCAGAGAGCAUCACCUUUGCACUCAAGCCAGAGGUCCAAGAGGUAGCCAUGGAGAUGGCGUUGAAUAUCGAGGAAGAAGACGGAGCAGGGUACGCAGCCAUGGACAUUCAAGACCGCCUGGAGGUGGAUAACAUGCGCUGCGAUAUAUGCCCCGAACGAUUGGCCACCUGGCUCCAUCGGCACUCAGGAGCCCAUCUGAGCGGUUUCGCAGUCUCUUGCCUAGUCGAUAAGGGACUGAUUAUGCCGGACGAUAUCAAACCUCUUCGCCAUAAACACUGGUACGUCGAUGAGGGUGCUGAGCAUCCCGUCAUUGGUGCCAUAGCUGCCGCUUCAGGCUUUGUCUCAGCUGUUGGUACUGCCACUUCCGACUACUCAAAGCGUUUGAAGGCACCAACUCCGGUAAGGCCAAGGCGGCGCAGUUCUGUAGGAGGCAGAAAUCUUCCACUCCCAGAAGACAUGGAAACCCACAUUGGCAUCCUAGGGGACGUUGUUGGACCAGAUGCUAUGACGCCAACCGACAUGAGGGUCGUUGCACAGAAGAUGGCUACAAAAUCACUUUGCACUGCCUACCCAUCUGCCGCCAUUGUCAGACCAGCAGCUUCUAUCCAUGAGAAACACAAGAAAGCCUGGAAGUCUCACGAACAAGGGCGAUACGGGCGUGCCUACUACCUUACACGUGUCACGGGGAGGUAUGCUUGCGACCUCGCCAAGGCUACCGCCAAGGCUCCCGUGGCAUUCUUCUACAACGUCGCCAAUGGGUUCCACAACGUCCCGUCAUACGGGUGGGCCGGUGUGGACGUACGCCGGCGUGACGAAAUCACAGGCUUGGGCAGCGGGAUCAAGACAGCUGGCAAGGAGUUCUCCUUGGGGACCUGGGAUGCCUUUAGUGGGCUCGUACAAAAGCCCUAUGAGGAUUCAAAACAGAAGGGUAUCAAAGGUUUGGGCAGGGGAAUAGUCCGUGGUGGACUCGGAUUCUUCAGUAACCUGGGCUCAGCGUUUUUUGGACUCCCAGGUUACACACUGAAGGGCCUUGAGAAAGAACUCCAUAAGCAUCAUUUGACGAAGCUCAAGGCAGAGAUCUUGUUGAUUCGGUUGAGACAAGGCAUUAAUGAUUGGAGAAAGGCUACCCCCGAACAAAAGACCGAAGUUGUACGACGAUGGAAGGCUUUGGGAUUGGCUCACUGA